AUGUCCAGGGUCCACACCCCGACGCCGGAACAGCUCGCCAAGGCAGAGGCACGGCGGCUCAAGAAAGAGCAGGCGAAGAAGAUCACCGCGGAGGCUCCCAAAACUCCCGUCGAUGACUCACGGGCACGCAUUCUCCCUCGGGAAUGGCUCGAGCUCCACCAGCCUGGCAACGGCGGUCUCUCGCUCAGAGUGAUGACAUGGAAUCUGCUGGCCCAGACUCUCGUUCGCCGAGAGCUGUUCCCCACCAGCGACUGCCUGAAGGCGGCCCAGCGCGAACACAUGAUUUAUAACGAGAUCCUCUCCCACCGCGCUGCGAUCUGCUGUCUCCAGGAAGUCGACCGGACCGAGAAGCUCUUCCCGGAGCUCGAGCGCGCGGGCUACGCGUGCAAGCACGGCUGCCUGAUCGCCUACCGCGCCGCCGCGUUCGAAUGCGUCCGUCGGCGAGUCGUCGCGUACGACGAGCAGGAGGUGCGCGCGGCGGACCGGGUUCUGGACGAGGGCUCGACGCGAAAGGGCUCGAGCUUCCGCACGAAGAAUAUCGCGAACGUCGUCGCGCUACAGCGGCGCGAUGCACCCGACGAGGGCGUGAUCGUAGCCACGACGCAUCUGUUCUGGCACCCUCGUACACACAAGCUGCAUCCUCCUCCGGAGGUGGCGAAGUUCCGUGCUGAGGGCGGCGACGCGCAGUCGCGCUGGCCGUGUAUCAUAGCGGGCGAUUUCAACUUCGGUCCGGACGACGCCGCGUACUCGCUCCUCGUCGGCGACCCGCUACUUCCCGCCCAGAAGGCGAUGCUCGAGCGCUCCCGCGUCGUGCACGCCUCCAUCGACCCGUCGGUCCCCCAGACCGGCAAACCCGAGGAAGAGGACCCGGACCCGGACCCGGACCGCGUCAUCGUGAACGCGCGCCGCGCCCGCCCUCCGACGGGCUGCUCUCCGACGCGGAGCUCGUCCGCCUCAUCGGCGAGGCCGUCGACGGGGGCGCCCCCGACGAGCGCUUACGACGCCGGCAUGCGCACCGUCCCGAGCCUCGCCGACCGCCAGCUCACGUUCGGGAGCAGGGCGACGGUGGACGGCGCACGCCGCGGCGCCAACGAACCCGUCUACACGAGCUACACGCACUACUGGCAGGCCGUGCUCGACUACAUCUUCGUCCUCGACGCCCCCGGGCGCGGGGUGACGGUCGAGGGUCUCGCUGCGCCACACCCCGCGGAGGCGUUUGGGGAGGGCCUGCCCCGGAAGGGCGUGUGCGGCAGCGACCACAUCUCCCUCGCCGCGGACCUGCACUGGCCAUCAGCAUGA